GCGGCGCCAAAUUCAAAUCCGCGGCCAUUUUGGCGGGAGGAUUCUGGCGGCCACCGUGGUCGCGAAUCCAGGCGGAGGUCACCAUGGCCCCGGGCUGCAAAGCUGAGUUACGAAAUGUGACAAAUUCUCAUUCUUCCCAGUCAAGUAAUGAAGGUGAUGCCAUCAAAGUUUUUGUGAGAAUUCGUCCUGUGGAGGGCACUAGAUCAGCGGAUGGAGAGCACACCUUGUGUUUAUCGGUACUUUCCCAGACUACUCUCCGGCUCCACUCCAACCCAGACCCCAAGACCUUUGUAUUUGAUUAUGUUGCAGGCAUGGACACCACUCAGGAGUCUGUAUUCUCGACGGUGGCUAAAAGCAUUGUGGAGUCUUGCAUGAGCGGUUAUAAUGGGACCAUCUUUGCAUAUGGGCAGACUGGCUCAGGGAAGACAUUUACUAUGAUGGGACCAUCAGACUCUGAUAAUUUUUCUCAUAAUCUGAGAGGAGUAAUUCCACGAAGUUUUGAAUAUUUGUUUUCCUUAAUUGAUCGUGAAAAAGAAAAGGCUGGAGCUGGGAAGACUUUCCUGUGUAAGUGCUCCUUUAUUGAGGUCUACAAUGAACAAAUCUAUGACCUGCUGGACUCAGCAUCUGUCGGACUAUACUUAAGGGAGCACAUAAAGAAGGGAGUCUUUGUGGUUGGUGCAGUGGAGCAGGUGGUGACCUCAGCUGCUGAAGCCUAUCAGGUCUUAUCUAGAGGAUGGAGGAACAGGCGUGUAGCAUCCACAUCUAUGAACAGAGAAUCCUCUAGGUCUCAUGCAGUCUUUACAAUCACAAUAGAAUCAAUGGAGAAAAGCAGUGAAACUGUGAACAUUCGGACCUCCCUACUCAACCUGGUAGAUUUAGCAGGAUCUGAGAGACAAAAGGAUACCCAUGCAGAAGGGAUGAGGUUGAAGGAAGCAGGUAAUAUAAACCGAUCGCUGAGUUGCCUGGGCCAGGUCAUCACUGCACUUGUUGAUGUGGGCAAUGGAAAACAGAGGCAUGUCUGCUACAGAGACUCCAGACUUACCUUCUUACUUCGGGACUCCCUUGGUGGUAAUGCCAAAACAGCCAUAAUUGCAAAUGUUCAUCCAGGAUCCAGGUGUUUUGGGGAAACACUGUCAACACUUAAUUUUGCUCAAAGAGCCAAGCUGAUUAAAAACAAGGCUGUGGUGAAUGAGGACACCCAAGGAAAUGUCAGCCAGCUGCAAGCUGAAGUGAAGAGGCUCAAAGAACAGCUAUCUCAGUUUACUUCUGGGCAGAUAAUACCAGAAAACGUACUGGCCAGAGACAAAGAGAAGACUAAUUACAUAGAACAUUUCCUGGAAGCAAUGCUAUUCUUUAAGAAAUCUGAACAGGAAAAGAAGUCUCUGGUAGAAAAAAUUUCCCAGCUAGAGGACCUCACCCUGAAAAAGGAAAAGUUUAUUCAGUCUAAUAAAAUGAUUGUGAAGUUCCGAGAGGACCAAAUAAUGCGUCUAGAGAGGCUUCAGAAGGAGGCACGGGGAAGCUUCCUGCCCGAGGAACAGGACCGUCUGCUGUCAGAACUGAGGGAUGAGAUUCAGACUCUUCGAGAACAAGUGGAGCACCACCCCAGAGUUGCAAAGUAUGCUAUGGAAAAUCAUUCCCUCAGGGAAGAAAAUAGAAGACUGAAAUUAUUAGAGCCUGUGAAAAGAGCCCACGAAAUAGAUGCCCAGGCUGUUGCAAGACUAGAAAAGGCUUUCUCUGAAGUGUCUAGCAAAGAGAAAAAUGACAAAGGUCUGCAAGGAUUUUCUCCUAAAGCACUAAAAGAACCAAAUUUCUUCACAAACACUGAGAAGUUAAAAGCACAACUCCUGGAAAUUCAAACAGAGCUGAAUAAUUCAAAGCAAGAAUAUGAAGAGUUCAAAGAGCUAACUCGGAAAAAGCAGCUAGAACUGGAAUCUGAGCUUCAGUCUUUGCAAAAAGCAAACCUCAAUCUCGAAAACCUUUUGGAAGCAACAAAAGCCUGCAAACGCCAGGAAGUUUCUCAGCUGAAUAAAAUACAUGCUGAAACACUUAAGAUAAUUACCACUCCAACCAAGGCUUAUCAACUCUGUUCUAGACUGGUACCAAAAUCAAGCCCUGAGGUGGGGAGCUUUGGCUUUCUGCACACACAGAACUCUAGCAGUUUAGAUAAUGAUAUAUCAAAUGAGCCAGUGCCACCUGAGAUGAGUGAACAAGCUUUGGAGGCCAUUUCUGAGGAGCUGCGAACUGUGCAGGAACAACUGAGUGCUCUUCAAGUCAAGCUGGAUGAAGAAGAGCAUAAAAACCUGAAACUUCAACAGCAUGUUGACAAACUAGAGCACCAUUCUACACAAAUGCAAGAGCUUUUUUCUUCAGAAAGAAGUGAUUGGACCAAACAGGAACAAGAGCGGCUUGCACAGUUGAAUGACCUUGAAAAACAGCUUCAGGAUACUCAGACUAAGAAUGACUUUUUGAAAUGUGAGGUACAUGACUUGCGAAUUGUUCUUCAUUCUGCUGACAAAGAACUUUCUUUGGUGAAACUGGAGUAUAGCACAUUCAAAGAGAGUCAAGAGAAAGAACUAAACCAGCUUUCGGAAAGGCAUGUGCAGGUUCAGCUUCAGCUGGACAACACCAGACUAGAAAAUGAAAAGCUUCUUGAGAGCCAAGCCUGCCUACAAGAUUCCUAUGAUAACUUACAAGAAGUAAUGAAAUUUGAAAUUGACCAACUUUCAAAAAAGCUCCAAAACUGCAAACAAGAAAAUGAAACUUUGAAGUCUGAUCUGCAUAAUUUGAUGGAGCUUUUUGAGGCAGAAAAAGAACGCAACAACAAAUUGUCAUUACAAUUUGAAGAAGAUAAAGAAAAUAGCUCUAAAGAAAUCUUAAAAGUUCUUGAGGCUGUGCGUCAGGAGAAACAGAAAGAGAUGGCCAAAUGUGAGCAGCAGAUGGCAAAAGUACAGAAACUAGAAGAAAGCUUGCUUGCUACUGAAAAUGUGAUCAGUUCUCUGGAAAAGUCUAGAGAUUCUGACAAGGAACUUGUUACUAAUCUCAUGAACCAAAUCCAGGAGUUAAGAACAUCAGGUGGUGAAAAAGCAGAAACCAUAGACACCCUGAAACAAGAACUACAGGACAUAAACUGCAAAUACACUGCUGCUGUGGCCGACAGGGAGGAGAGCAGAGAGCUGAUGAGGAGACAGGAGGUGGACAUCCUGGAACUGAAAGAAACUCUCAGACUGAGAAUCCUCUCAGAGGAUAUUGAGAGGGAUAUGCUGUGUGAAGAUCUGGCCCAUGCCACCGAGCAGCUGAACAUGCUCACAGAGGUCUCAAAAAAGCACUCUGGGCUACUUCAGUCUGCCCAGGAAGAGCUGACCAAGAAGGAGGUGCUGAUCCAGGAGCUUCAGCACAAGUUAAACCAAAACCAAGAGGAAGUAGAACAGAAGAAGAAUGAAUAUAACUUCAAAAUGAGACAACUAGAGCAGGUGAUGGAUUCUGCUGCCGAGUAUCCACAGAGUCCCAAAACACCUCCACAUUUUCAAGCUCAUUUGGCAAAACUCUUGGAAACACAAGAACAAGAGAUAGAGGAUGGACGAGCCUCUAAGACUUUUUUGCAACACCUUGUAACAAAGCUAAAUGAAGAUAGAGAAUUAAGAAAUGCUGAAAUCCUCAAGAUGAAGGAUCAGUUGUGUGAAAUGGAAAAUCUGCGCCUGGAGUCUCAGCAAUUAAAAGAGAAAAACUGGCUUCUGCAAAGCCAGCUGGAUGAUGUUACAAGGCAGGACAGUGGCAGUCAGAGUCGUCUAGACAGUCAACAGCUGAAGAAUGAAGAUGAAGAGGAGAUUGUCAAAGAAAGACUUGCUAAAAAUAAACUUAUUGAAGAAAUGUUGAAAAUGAAAACAGACCUAGAAGAAGUCCAAAGUGCUCUUCAGAGUAAGGAGAAGGCCUGCCACAGGAUGAGUGAGGAAGUUGAGCGAACCAGAACUUUGGAGGCUAGAGCAUUUCAGGAAAAGGAGCAGCUGCGGUCAAAAUUGGAAGAAAUGUAUGAAGAAAGAGAGAGAACUUUCCAGGAAAUGGAAAUGUUGAAAAAGCAACUGGAGUAUCUUGCUGAGGAAAAUGGAAAAUUGAUAGGUCAUCAAAACCUACACCAGAAGAUUCAAUAUGUAGUGCGACUCAAGAAGGAAAAUAUCAGGCUUGCUGAGGAGACAGAAAAGUUGCGUGCUGAAAAUGUAUUUUUGAAAGAAAAGAAAAAGAAUGAAUCCUGAAGAUCCCAGCCAGUGCCUACACAUCACUUUGUUUAGAUUGGUAUUGGUUCUUUAAAAGUGAGAUUGGACUUGCCCAAGUAAUACAGCUAAGCUGAAAGACCUUAAUUAUGAAUCAUGAUGUGUAAUAGCCCUCAGUAUUCUGAUGGAUAUUCUGCCUGCAGACACAGCAGACUGUUAAGUGGGUAACAAUGCAUUUCCAGGUCUCAAGUCACUUGUAAAUCCUGGAAAAUGCUUUAAAAUAAAAGCCUAGAGCUCAGGUCUGUGGUGAAUGUUGGUCAGGUCCUUUUGUCAGACUCAGCUUGAUAAACUUGGUAUGAAUUUGAUGGCUGACUGAUUUUUGCAGCAUACAUGUUUAUAUAGAUGUUUGUUUGUGUAUAACUGUUGUCAUGUGCAUUUUCUACAAUGUCUAAUUUUUCAAAUAAAAUUUUUUAAAAGCCAACUUAAAAAAAUUAUGUGUAUAAAUAUUUUGUCUACAUGUAUGUACGUGCCUGGUAUCCUUGGAGGUCAGAAGAGGAUGUCAGAUCUCCUAGAAGUAGUUACUGGUGGUGUGAGCCACCUGUGGGUGCUGAGAACCAAACCCAGGCCCUCUGCAAGAAAGUACUCUUAACCUCUGAGCCAACUCUCCAGCCCUAGUGUUGAGGUUUUUGACCAGGAUCAUAGGGUUUCAUGUAAUCCAGGUUUGCCUUGAACUCACUAUGUAGGCAAAGAUGUCCUUGAACUCUUUUUCCUCCUGCCUCUACCUCCAAAGUCCUAGGAUUUGAGGUGCACACCACCACACCCAGGUUAUUAGUUAGGUGUUGACAUUGGAUGCACAAACAAUCAACUAAAUCAACCCUCUAACUUUACUUCGUCUGAGUUUGCUUUGAAGUCACUAAUUAUGGAGGCCACACACUGUUUCCCGCUGUUUCUCUACAUAUCACACCCAAGAGGUGAGCAGUUGUCUACUUACUCUGCCAGAACAUGAAGACCGUUUCUGCUAAAAGCACGGUGUUACUUUUCUAAUCUCUGGGAUGAAAACCUGACAGAAGCAACAAUGUAAGAUCUAUCUCCACUGUCAAGUGCAAUAGUGCAAUAGGCCUUGCUGAGUCUGUUCCUCAUCUGCAAAUGGAACGGUUUAUUGUAAAAUGGCUCUCGGCCUAUGACAAGGAAAGUUACACCGUGCAGACGUGGCAUCCACAUGCAAAAUUGUAUUAUUAAAGGGGGAGGGGAGAGGAAAGAGAAAAGGCAGCCUCAUGGAAGGAGGGAGAGGGGGAAGGGGUUUUCCUUUAAGGGGACUUUAUGUAAGAUGACAUCAUGCUGGGCAGGUUCCCAAGGGGCAGGCCAGAAUGCUAACAUCUAUACCACAUACAAAUAAUUGGAUAAUUAUGCUUUUUAUUUAUUUUUAUGUGUAUCUAUGUUCAGGUAUGUGUACAUGAGUAUAGGUGCCUAUGGAGACCAGAAAAAAAGCAUUGGAGCCGGGCGGCAGUGGCGCACGCCUUUAAUCCCAGCACUUGGGAGUUCGAGGCCAGCCUGGUCUACAGAGCAAGAUCCAGGACAGGCACCAAAACUACACGGAGAAACCCUGUCUCCAGAUCUGGAGCUAUGAAGUUGUGAGGAGCUGUGAGGUUGUGGGCUGCCUAAAUUGGUACCAGUUAGUGCUCUUAACUGCUAAGCCACCCCUCCAGCCCCCAAUAAUCCACCCUUUAUUUCAGCCACAAAAUCACCUGUAUGAGAAUCAAUAUGGUAUGUUAAGAAUGUCCAUGAAAAGUUCUUAACAGGAGAUAGUGUGCUGAACAAAGAGUGUACUGUGAAAUUACUUUUGUUUUGUCAAAGUCCCAUACAUACAUAUUAUUUGUAUUUUAUAUGUCUACACAACAAGUCUCCCUGUGUAGCCCUGGCUGGCCUAGAACUAUGUAGAUCAGGCUGCUCUCGAACUCACAGAGAUCCACUUGUCUCUGCCUCCUGAGGUGCACCCCACACCCGGCACACUUCAUAUACUUCUAAAGCAUUUUGUUUUUUAAGGAGAUGCACCCCCAACAUACACUCCCAUGGAUUGAACUCAGGACUUUCCAUGUGUUAGGGAAGGACUAAGCUAGGUCCCCGACCCUCCUUUUAAAAAACAUCUUUUUGAAAUAGUCUCAAAGUUCUUGGCUAGCCUAGUGCUUGCUAUGUUGGCCAGGCUGGCCUCAAACUCAGUAAUCCUGCCUCAGCCUCAGUAGUCCUAGGAUUACAGCCAUGUGCCACCAAUCAUCGCCAGGCUGCCCAUCCCUUCUCAUCUUAUGUGAGAUAGUGUCUCCAUAAAUCCUAGAUUACUAUUAACUUGUAAUAUUACUGACAGUAGAUAGAUGGUGUGUUUUAGUUUUUUGGGUAAUUUACAUGAAUUUAGAAGUGAUUGUGGUUCUGGUGGUCCCAGCAGAGUGGUUAACAGCGUUUUUCCUGUCUCCACAUCUGGCACCUGCGUGCACGAGGGAGCAAGAGAGGCAGCUGGAGCAUCUUUAAGGUGCAGACUGGCUUCAGAAUCUGAAAGCCAGGAAUCAGCAUUUU